AUGGUACCAUCAGUCUUUUUCCCUAUCUCCACAAUUCCUCUCUCCCCAACUGGCAAAACAGAUCUCCGAAGGCUCCAGGCAGAGGUCGCAACACUGACGAGAAGUGAGAUCGAAACCUAUAACAGCUCUGUGGGACCCGCGCCAAAACGCAGUCCAUCUUCAGACAAUGAGAUCAUCCUACACAGACUAUUGACGAAAGCCCUCGCACUACCGAAUAAGAACGAUAUCUCUUUGGAGGACAACUUCUUCUCCGUAGGUGGAGACUCACUCACUGCAAUGAAGCUGGCCAAUCUCGCCAGCAAAGAGGGUUUCCAGCUUUCUGUUACCGACAUCUUCCAGUACCCUGUCCUUAGCGACCUGGCCAGAGCCAUUCAAGAUUUGAAUAAGCCAACUGACAGUCCUCCAAAACCGUUCUCCCUUCUCACUAAUGACACGGCUGAGGAUGCUUUGGACCUAGCGGCCGAGAUUUGUUCCAUUCCUCGAGCCGAAAUCGAGGAUAUAUAUCCAUGCAGCCCCCGACAAGAAAACCAAAUUGCCAUGGCCGAGGAACGACCUGGCAUGCUGUAUGCACAAUACGAGUAUGAAAUACCAUCGCAUCUCCGGCCGGAUCAACUACGCAAAAUUUGGCAAACUGUUCUUGACCAAAAUCCCAUAUUGCGCACCAGGAUUAUUCACACUCUUGGGGGAACAACGGUACAGGUUGUUCAGAAGGCCAGCACCAUUGAUUGGCACUACGGGGACUGUUUGAGACGAUAUUUGAAGGAGGAUGUAUCCCAACUCAUGGGCCUGGGAAAGCCACUUGCACGUUUUGCCUUGGUGGAAGAACCUGGGAUGUCAUACUUUGUCCUCACGUUCCACCACGCCUUGUAUGAUGGAUGGUCCAUCCCGUUAUUGAUGCGGCAGGUAGAAUCAGCCUACCACGGCCGGAGUGUCCGGGUUGAGCCUUUCACUGGGUUCAUCCGUUAUUGCUUGUCAUUGGAGGCGGAAGCAACACAAAAGUUCUGGACGUCAGAAUUUUCAAAUCUCAAGGCAGUCCCAUUUCCAGAUCCACGGAAUGCAACCACCUCAAGCAAGAUAGAGGAGCGCAUGACAGUGAACAGAACCAUCACCAUACCAAGAAUUGCACAUGCCAAUAUCACGCUGGUCAAUAUCAUAAAGCUCGCCUGGUCCGUUGUGGUAUCAGCUUAUACCGACAGCGAAGAUGUGGUAUUUGGCCUCACAACAUCUGGUCGUGAUGCUCCUGUAUCAAAUAUUGACCUCAUGACGGGCCCAACAUUUGCAACAGUCCCCUUCAGAGUCCGCAUAUUGCCUAAACAAUCCGUCCAAGAUGCCUUGCUCUCAAUCCAGCGUUCUGCAGCUGAGAUGGUCACUUUCAAACAUACUGGGCUGCAGGCUAUUCGGAAAAUGAAUGCUGAUACUGAACUAGCCUGCAAUUUCCAGACCCAUCUCAUCUUCCAGGUCACAGAGCAUGAGGCAUCUCCGGAGCUAGGUCUUCUGCGACGCCGAGCGCCAGAAAAGCUCGACUUGGCGCGUUUCGCUAGAGAUGCCUUACAUGUCGAUUUCUUUGUGUCACCAAAGGGCAAUGAAGUCAAUACAACAAUGACAUUUGACCCGCUGGCUCUUCCCACCCAGCAGGCCUCUCAAUUUCUAUUCCAGUUUGAACACGUUCUUCACCAAGUCUGCGCGGGUGCCAUUCAACUCAUAGGUGAUGCAGAGCUCGUAAGCCCGGAUGAUAUGACUCGAUUGCAAAAAUGGGACGAUCGGCGUCCUGUCUCUCGUACACCCACAAUGUCCGAGCUGAAUCUUUCUCCUGCAUCUAACGGCCAAGGCCAGACCGCUGUUGGCACACUUUUCAAGCACAACUCUCAGACCGGGAUGAUUUAUCCCAUGAUGGGUUGCACGAGCUGGGUGACUCUUCCAUCUGACCCUUCGCGAUUGGCUCCUCUCGGAGCGGUUGGCGAGUUGUUGAUUGAGGGACCAAUCGAGGCUCGACGCAAUCUGGACGACCUAGGUCGAACGUCCGCGCUGUACGUUGAUCCGCCCCAUUUCAUUCGUCAGUUCCGCGCUCCUGGCCGUUCCAGCCAACUUUAUCGCUCAGGGGACCUUGUCAGGGUCACUGGUGACGGUUCAAUCAAGUUCUUUGGUCGCAAACACACAGAGAAACACCUUGGCCGACAAAUUGAGUUGAACAGGGUGGAGCGUCAUAUCCAGCCUCUUCUUACAACAGGACAGCAGGUUAUUGCAGAUGUCGUCGUCCUCAACGGCCACGGAAAAUCCCAGUCUACGGCACUUGUUGCUUUCGUAGAAUAUGGUGGUAAUACCGUGGUUUCAAACAGGAAUGAGGAUAAAAGUAACGACGGCUGCAAUUUCCUGGUUUGGCCAGAUAAACUUCAAUUCCUCUCCGAGAUGUCAAUUGUUCGAGAUCAACUACGAGCUUAUUUGCCAUCCUUCAUGAUUCCCGUCGCAUUUGUGCCUGUUCGGAGAAUUCCACUCACACCAGGAGGGGAAAUCGACCGACUCGCCUUACGCGAGGCAACUUCCUGCCUGGAUAUGCAGGAGUAUAUACCCAUUGUCACUCGAAAACACCCAACGACCGAAGAUGAGCGUCAGAUUAUCCGUCUCAUUGCCGAAGUUCUCGGUCUUCCAUCCGACAAGAUCGGGCUCCAGGACAACUUCUUUGAUAUGGGAGGUGAUUCUCUCAAAGCAAUGCUACUAUGCACCAAGGCACGCACUUCGGGUCUACGUAUCACCGUGGCAGAUAUCUAUGAGAAUCAGCCUUUGCAAGAGCUUGCCUCUAGGGUUACAGUUGGCAUGGGCACUCAGAUGUGA